CAAAUUACUAACACCCAUUUCAGUAAUCACUCGACAGGACCCCGGAUGGAGAAACUCACUGCCACCGCCUCAAAAACAACACUCCCAGAGUGGUACUCACCGGAAACAGGAAUUUAUAGCAGCAAACACCCUCCUAUACCUUUACCUGCAGACCCAUUUCUUGAUGUUGUUUCUUUCAUUUUUUCACACCAUAACCACAAUGGCCUUACAGCUCUUAUUGAUUCCUCUUCUGGGUUUUCAAUCUCUUACUCAAAGAUUCUACCAUUGGUGAAAUCCGUUGCCUCUGGUCUUAGUAACAUGGGCAUUAAACAAGGUGACGUUGUUUUGCUUUUGUUGCCGAAUUCCAUUCACUUUCCCAUUGUUUUCCUCGGCGUGUUGUAUCUUGGUGGCAUUGUCAGUACCAUGAAUCCACUUAGUAGUGAACUAGAAGUCAAGCAGAGAAUUGUUGAUUGUAAUGCAUGUAUUGCUUUUGUUGAACUAGAAAAAGUUGGUAAAUUUCAGCCACUGGGGAUUCCUGUGAUUGGUGUACCAGAAAAUGUAAAUUUUGAUGAGAAAAGUAAUGACUUUGAAGCUUUCUAUACGCUAGUUUAUAGUAAGGGUGAUGUGGGUGUAAAGCCAGUGAUUAGGCAGCAAGAUACAGCAGCAAUAAUGUAUUCUUCAGGUACUACUGCUGCUAGUAAAGGGGUUGUUCUAACACAUAGGAAUUUUAUAUCCAUGGUUGAGCUUUUUGUUAAAUUUGAGGCUUCACAGUACGAGUAUUCGAGUACGGAUAAUGUGUAUUUAGCUGUUUUGCCAAUGUUUCAUAUAUAUGGGCUGUCGCUUUUUGUUGUGGGAUUACUGUCACUGGGGUCUAGCAUUGUUGUAAUGAGGAAAUUUGAUGUCAGUGAGAUGGUGAAGGUGAUUGAUAGGUAUGGAGUAACUCAUUUUCCAGUUGUUCCGCCAAUACUGACUGCGUUGACAAGGACUGCAAAAGGUGUUUGUGGAAAUAGCUUGAAGUGUUUGAAGCUGGUUUCAUGUGGAGCGGCUCCUUUGUUUGGCAAAACCAUACAGGAUUUUGUGGAGGUUCUUCCGCAUGUUGAUUUCAUUCAGGGAUAUGGCCUGACUGAGUCAACGGCUGUAGGAACCCGUGGCCUCAACACUGAAAAAUUCCAAAAAUAUUCUUCCAUCGGACUUUUGGCUCCAAAUAUUGAAGCUAAAGUAGUGGAUUGGAUUACUGGAGCUUUAUUGCCUCCUGGGGGGAGUGGUGAGCUUUGGAUUCGGGGACCUGGAGUUAUGAAAGAGUAUUUAAACGAUGGAGAGGCAACUGCAUUGACCAUUGACAAAGAUGGUUGGCUACAUACCGGGGAUGUUGUUUAUGCUGAUCAUGAUGGGUACUUAUAUGUAGUUGACCGCUUGAAAGAGAUUAUCAAGUACAAGGGCUUUCAGAUUGCUCCUGCAGAUUUAGAGGCUGUAUUGAUUUCGCAUUGUGAGAUACUUGAUGCUGCUGUAAUACCUGUCGUCGAUAAAGAAUGUGGAGAGAUACCAGUAGCGUUUGUAGUCAAGAGGCAGGGAAGCAUGCUAACACAGGAAGCUAUUAUCAACUAUGUGGCCGAGCAGGUCGCACCUUAUAAGAAGGUUAGGAAGGUGAUCUUUACACAAUCAAUCCCAAAGUCUGCAGCUGGAAAGAUACUCCGGAGGGAGCUCAAGCGCUCCUUGACUUCUAAACUGUAAUGUGUCCUCUUUACGCAAAGACCAGAUUAGCUACAGCACUCAAAUUCAGUAUAACACCGGGGUCUCAAAUUUUGAUCAUAGUAAUUAGAAAGAAAGAGUCCAUUUGGCAUGGCUUUUUACAAAUUUCAUUGAGUUGUUUUUCAAGCUCUCGACUAGGAAAAACCAUUCCUGUGUUCGGUUUGAAAUAGUCAAUGACUUGAACCAGAAAGUUAUUUUUAAAUCCAAGUCAGAUUUUUUUUUA